ACUUACUGACAAGCUGCUUAGUAGCAGCACUUGUGCCAUUAAAGCAGAGGUACACACUAGAGUCUAGUUAUCGGAUAGCAGUCAUGAUCGUGGAGCAGGUUAUCGAGGACUCUCUGGACUUCCUAGAACAAGACUAUAUGAUGAGCAGCCCCAUGAACCUGGCCUGUUUCUAUGGUGGGUCUCAUUCUCCCAUCUCUGAUGUGGCGUCGUCCCCAACGCACUCCAUCUCCUCUGGUCCAGGCUCCCCUUCCUCUGACAGUGAAGGGUGUCUAAGUUCUUCAUGGUCCCGAACCAAAAAAGCUGGCCAACGCAGUGGGAUAGGACGCCAUUCAAAAGGGAACUUCCAAGGGGUCCGAGUGAGAAAUCCUGUGAGGGAACUUCUUAAUCAGCUAAGAAAUCAAAUUAACAAUGGCACAGUGGAUUGUCAGAAACAACAAAGCUGUGAACAGUACACUGAACUGAAGAAUAUAUUAAACAAAAAGCGGCUUAUUGAAUACAUGUCGGAUGCACCAGAUGCAAAGAAACCGUGCCCCUACCAAUCCAGUUCUUUCCUGACACCACCAAGUACCCCAAAAUCCUGUGACCUCAUGGAUGAAACUCCAAAGAGUGAGAGUGGUACGGAAUCAAAUGUGGAUCCGCUUCAGAGUAUAAUGAACCUGAAACAUAAGUCAAAUCCAGUUUCCCUGAACACUGUGCUAGUAAACUGGAUGAAUACCCCAGACCAUUUCUAUCAAGAUGCGCCUGUAGCACAAACCUAUUCACCACCUCAGGCCAAUCAAGCAUUCAGAAGCUGCUCUCCACAGAACAAGAAUAACCAGUACCAGUUUGGUCGUCCCCAAGUUCAAAACAUUCCACAGUGUCCUACAGAGUAUAACUACAGUAAUAUCCAGAAUUAUCCAGAAGCCAUGUGUUCAAAUGAUGUGCUCCAGAGUUGUGCCAUCGAGAGCUACCUGUCUCUUAUUGAAUCCCCACCUGAAAUGACAUCUCCGAACAGAUCUACAGAGUCAAGUAUGCCCGCUGAGAAGUUCAGCCCACCACUGAACCCACCUUCUACCCAAUUUGUAGAUCAUAACCUGGCCCAGUCACCCCCAAGUGUUUCCCCAUCUUUGUGCCAGAUUGAUGCAAACAGGUCGAGCCCAUUGCAGAUUGGUAAAUCCUUCUUCCACUGGCAGAUUGAGCAAGAGGAAAAGAAACUGGCCAAUGUUUCCCAUGAACAUCUUCUAACCAAAGACGCAGAUGGUGAUACGUACCUUCACAUAGCAGUUGCACAAGGAAAAAGAGCUAUGUCAUAUGUCUUGGCUUGCAAGAUGGCUGCCCUUAAUAUGCUGGAUGUUAAGGAACAUAACAACCAGAGUGCCCUGCAAGUAGCUGUAGCUGCCAAUCACCAUCUGAUAGUUCAAGAUUUGAUCAACCUUGGGGCCCAAGUCAACACUACAGAUUACUGGGGAAGAACCCCUCUUCAUGUCUGUGCUGCAAAAGGGUACUCACAAGUUCUUCAGGCAAUCCAAAAAGGCAUUCUAGCAAGCAAUCAAUACAUUGAUGUGGACCAAACAAAUUAUGAUGGUUUGACUCCUCUACACUGUGCAGUACUUGCACACAAUUCCAUCGUCCAGCAACUGCAGAUGUAUCAGCAAAACUGUGGUCCUGCUACAGAUGAACUGCUGAUGAAGAACAAGACAAUGGUUGACACUGUUAAGACAUUGCUUCAGAUGGGUGCCUCUGUUGAAGCAAGAGAUCGCAAAAGUGGACGUACUGCUCUGCACUUGGCUUGUGAAGAAGCUAACCUUGAACUGAUGAGUCUCUUUUUAGAUCUGCCAAAUUGUCUAAACUUCAUCAAUGCAAAGGCCUACAAUGGAAACGCAGCAUUGCAUAUUGCAGCAAGUUUGCAGUACAGAAGAGCUCAGGUUGGAGCUGUAAAACUUUUGAUGAGAAAAGGGGCUGAUCCAAGUGCUCGAAACCUAGAAAACGAGCAACCAGUACAUCUUGUAUCAGAUGGAUCUGUAGGAGAAGAGAUUAGACGCGUUCUCAAGGGUAAAUCCGUGCAGCAGCGUUUACCAUCUUAUUAAGCUCCCGCAAAAUCCACUUCCACACUCUCGCCAGUUAGGCGGUCUUUAAUUAUGUAAAUAGGUUUGUCUUUGUCAAGGACAAAUAAAAGUUGGUUUCUGUGAAACCAUAUAAUGGUGUUGGCUAUUAUGUAGCCACCUUAUUACAACUCGUGACAGUAAUAAUACUGGUUUUCCUGUAUAUUGUCUUUAUACCUUAAUGGAUUGGGAGCACUUAUUUUCUUCUUAAAUGACUCUCUAAACAACCAUCAACACAUAUGACUGUUAUAGGAACUAAAAAAGUCCCAUGCAUCUUUCAUGUUGUUUUUUUAAUUAGCGGAUGCCUCAAGCAAUUGAGUGUUGUUUUCA